GGAUGAGAUAACUUGUCAGUCUAUAUGUAUUUUUAAUUGUUAAAUUUCUAGCAGUAUUUUAGAAGAAAACAAUAUAAACUGACUUUGGGUUUUAAUUCAAAAAGAGCUUUUCUCUUGCACCAUAUUUACCAUAUACUAUUUUUCAUGAGGUCCAUAUAGCGCGGGGCUCGGAGGAAAGGUUAUCAGCAGUAAUUUUGUUGUUUUUUUUGUUUAUAAUAGCUAAUUCUGCUGAUGAUAUAUCCAAGUAUCUAUAGUCGAAACAGUCUCACUUGUAACUAUUUCUUUUUUCGCCGUUUGGGACGACUGAAACCCUGCUAUUUUUACCUUACAAUUUUCGUACUCAAAAUGUAUCGAUUUUUAACAAUAUUUCUGUUAACUUCUGUAAAUGCUCACUCCAUUUCCAUUGUUAAUCCCGGACCCAAGUAUCCACCGACUAAAGGAGAGGUUUGGCCGAAACCUCGAAAGGAAUUUACGGAACUUACAUACCUCACCUUUGAUCCUUUGAAUUUUAAAGUUACAGAGACGAAAAACACAUGCGAUAUACUUACUUCGGCAAUCGAAAGAUACUCGUACAUCGUGAAGAGCAGAGCACCGCAGCGCGACGAGACGCCGGUCUCAAGACCAAAGCGACAUGCGGAGGAGGUCCAAAACUUAGCCAUUGGUGUCUUGAGGGAGCUACAAGUGGAACUGUCAGAGCCAUGCGAAGACUAUCCGUAUUUAGAAAUGGACGAGAAAUACACGCUGACGGUAUCAGAAGUGUCAGUGCUGGCGAGCGACUCCGUUUGGGGCGCCCUCCGCGGCCUCGAGACAUUCGCACAGAAGUUCUACCUUUCGAAUGACAUGAAUGAGCUGCGGAUAAAUACAUCCAUAGUGGUGGAUUAUCCGGAGUACGCGCACCGCGGGCUGCUACUGGACACGGGCCGGCACUACAUCUCGGUGGCCAACAUCCUGCUCACGCUCGACGCAAUGGCCAUCAACAAGAUGAACGUCCUCCACUGGCACAUCGUUGACGACCAAAGCUUCCCAUACCAGAGCGAGAUGUUCCCCGACCUUAGCCUGCAUGGCGCGUAUCAUUCAUCCAUGGUAUACACGAAAAACAAUAUUGCACAAAUUGUGGAGUACGCUCGGCUGCGCGGCAUCAGGGUCCUGCCAGAGUUUGACGUGCCUGGUAUAUUUUAACCUA